CCAAAGGAGAGAGAAGAAUCGAACUUAAAAAACGUCUCGAAACUCUACGCCAGCUGGUGCAAGGAGAUUCUAACAAAACUUUUGUCGCUAUCUGGAUACAAGUAUGGAAUUAUGGGCUUCAAAGGUGCAGAACGAUAUUGAGAACUCUAGGAGGACGCAACAGCACGACUUGGGUAGGAAAAUGGAAGACUUGAAGGUCUCGUUCCCUACUCAAGUUACCACAGGCGAUGAGCCAAGUUCUCCAUCAGAUAUCCCAGGAGUAGCAUUCCCCAUAGCGACUUUGGAGGAUUUUGAAAAAUUCGAGAAAAUGUUGGAUCCCAAGGAUGAGGCGAACCCAGCCAAUCCCGAUGCUGCACUGCAGAACCAAGGAGCUCUGAAAAACAUAAUGAAACUCAAGACACAAGGUUCUAAUGAUUAUGAGAAGAACAUUAAAAUCAUUAUGCCAACAUUAAUCAAGAAGGAGGUUCAGGGACAUUACAGUGGAUUUGGUCGUACGAAGAAAGGCGUAGGAAAGAAAAAUUUCAGUGCCACGAUGACAUUCAAGUGCUUGGAAGCGUUCCUUGAGCAAAAAUUUGCCGGUGGAACAGUAAAAUUCAUCACUGGAUCCAUAGUGAGUGCGUGGUUGGGAGGCUGGAGUGAUUGUGAAGGAGGUGGUGCCAAACGAAAGAGAGGGGAGGAUUAG